CGGGUGGAAAGCGAUGAGAUUGAUGAGGAUUAUCGGAUGAAGUCGCUGACUGCAUUUCUGAAGAAAGGAUCGGAGGAUGGUUACGGCAGGGCGACGUUUAUUGCAUCAGUGAUCUUUGCUACUUCAUCAAUAUUUAUGUAUUGGAGCGAGAGAUACGCUCGAGAGAAGCGACAAGCUGGCGUCAAAGAAUUUCUCAAAAAGCAACAGCAACAGAAUAUGGCAAAUUAUAAGAAACAAAGGCAGCGCAUCAAUGAAAGAUGA